AAGGGUGGCAAAAACCGCCGACGUGGUAAGAACGAGAACGAAAGCGAGAAGCGAGAACUCGUCUUCAAGGAAGAUGGGCAAGAGUAUGCGCAAGUACUGAAGAUGCUUGGUAACGGACGUCUAGAAGCACAAUGCUUCGACGGCGAAAAGCGGUUGGCACACAUUCGAGGCAAGCUUCGCAAGAAGGUCUGGAUCAACCAGGGAGACAUCAUUCUUUUGUCGCUGCGUGAAUUCCAGGACGAGAAGGCGGACGUUAUUCAAAAGUACUCGCCAGACGAAGCGCGUGAGCUGAAGAAGUAUGGUCAACUUCCUGAGAACGCCAAGAUCAACGAAACCGAGACGUACGGCGACCAAGACGAAGGAAGCGACGUCGAAUUCGAGGACAGCGAUGAGGAUGCUUCGGAUGAC